AUGAGCGUGGUGCACAGCCGCCUGUUGUACGGCGCGCAAGUAUGGGCAGACAGCGUUCAAGGCGUGAAUAAGGCGGAGAACGCGCUGCUUCAGGCGCAGAGGACUGCAGCGCUGAGAGUCGCAAGAUGCUACAGGACCGUGUCUGACAUAGCCACACUGGUCCUUGCUAGAAUGCCCCCGGCAACUCUAGUCGCGGCAUCGAGGAAAAGGAUAGCGGAGGCGAAAAGGAACGGCACCCCUAGCACAGAAAGCGAGGAAAUGGGAGUGAUCCUGCGACAGUGGCAAGAGCUCUGGGACUCCACUCCGAAGGCGGCCUGGACCAGGCGCCUAAUACCAGACCUGGAAGCGUGGUGGCGGCUGGGACCUAGGMGGGUCAGCUUCCACAUGGCCCAAGUGCUGAGGGGCCAUGGGUGCUUCCAGAAGUACCUUUGGACAAAGGCGAGGGCACAACACCCAGGUUGUGUGCAUUGCCCGUCAGACUCGGACGAUGUGGAGCACACGAUUUUCGUAUACCCUUUCUGGGAAGACGCCCGAACGAAGCUGUCCCAAAGCCUCGGCAGACUGCCUCGGCCGGAGGAUGUCGCGAGUCUGGUGUGCAAGCCGAGGAUGGAUGAACUGCCUGUUGAUCCAACUCGACGGCGAAGGAUCAUUGAAGCGGCCUCCAAGAACGCGUCCCUCUUUGCAGAGAUGGUUGAAACAAUCAUGGGCCGGAAGGAGGACCUUGAGAGGAUGAGACAAGUCGCUCAACAUAGUGAUAAAUCCUUUAGUUAA